CGCCAGAUUCCCGUCUUCCAUGCAUUGUCCACCGGCCGGGCCUCGAGCCACGUACUUAUAGCUCCCUUUGCCGGGCCGCUGGGAGGGAGAAAAAAACUUCAACACUGUCUAGGUACUCACAUCCAUACCUACUUCUCCGCCUUUCCUCGAGCCAUUGUCCUCCCACAGCCACGCCGUCACCACCGCUGAAGCUCCUGCUCUAUUCCCCGCUGCUGAAAUAGUCAAGAGACGGGCUUUUUGAACCGAAAUUUCCUCGUCCCGCUGUCGCAAUGACCUUCACUCUCCACCAUCUGCAGCGCUCGCAGUCCGAGCGCAUCGUCUGGCUCUGCGAGGAGCUCGGCAUCCCCUACGAGCUCAAGACCUACCGGCGGGACCAGCAAACCCUGCUCGCGCCCCCGGAGUUGAAAGCGCUCCACCCCGCGGGCAGCGCGCCCGUCCUCACUGACGGCGACGUCACGAUCGCCGAGUCCGGCGCCAUCGCAGAGUACAUCAUCAACCGCUACGCGCCUCCGUCGCACAACCUGACGGUCCCCGCCUCGGCGCCCGCCAAAGAAUACGCCGAAUACCUCUACUGGCUGCACUUUGCGAACGGCAGCCUGCAGCCCACGCUGAUGAUACCGAUGAUGAUCUCCUUCACCGGGCUUGGCUCCUUGCCCGCCGUUGCGACACACCCGUCCCUAGGCGCAAUCAAUGGGCGCGUCGACGCCGCGUUCAAGGCCCUCGAUGCCCGGCUUAGGGAAACGGGCAACUGGCUUGCGGGCGACAAGUUUACGCUCGCCGACAUCAUGACCGUGUUUACCAUGUCGACGAUGCGCCUGUUUGAGCCGUUUUCUUUGGACGGCUAUGACGGCAUUGUCGCCUGGUUGGAGAGGGUGGGCCGGAGAGAGGCGUAUCAGCGCGCGAUUGAGAAGGGCGAGAAGGGUGAGACGAGGGGUGUUGUGCCGACUUUGAUGAGGGAGGCGCCCAAGGGAAUUCGGAGCGGUUAGGUGGGGUUUAUGGUAAUGUGGUAAAAGCUAUUUCUCUCUUAUAGAUUUGUAGAACUGCUCUACUCACGGAAAACACGCCGCUUAUUCUUUC